CAAACAUCAUCUAACCUACUAAUUUUUUGAGGAGCAAUGGUCGCAGAUGGUGACAAGAAUACGCCUGCCGUGGUAUCGCUGAUUUCGGGCGGUAUUGCAGGUGGUGUAGAGGGUUUUCUAUCAUACCCAUUAGAAUUUGCAAAGACAAGAGUACAACUGAGAGUUGAAAAUGGACAGCCGACUCCGCGCAACCCAUUUUUGGUCAUUACGCGAAUUUACCAGGAUGAAGGACUAAGAGCGUUGUACAAGGGUUGUGGAGCCCUUGUAUUCGGCUCUGUCGGAAAAGAUGCAGUGCGAUUUUUGUUCUUCGAUCAAAUCAAGGAGUCUUUUGCGGACCCGACAACCGGAACAUUAUCACCUGGGCGCAAUCUGCUGGCUGGAAUGACAGCUGGUGUUGUUGCAUCAAUCACCGCAGUCACACCGACUGAGCGUAUCAAGACAGCUCUGAUUGAUGAUGCGCGUAACGAGAAGAGAUUCAGUUCUGGCCUUCACGCGACACGUGUUAUCUGGAAAGAGCAUGGAAUCCUUGGACUGUAUCGGGGUCUCGCAGGCACGACUCUCAAACAGGCAUCUGCAACGGCAUUUCGUAUGGGCACCUACAACACUCUAAAAGACUACGAGAAGAAGAAAAAUAUCGCACAGAAUACCGCCGUCAACUUUGCCAACGGAUCUGUCGCUGGUGUUGUCACGACGCUCGCAACACAGCCAUUCGAUGUAAUCAAGACUAGGUCACAGAGCGCGCGGGGAACAAGUACUCUUGAAGCUGUCAAGAGUGUUCUGCUUGACUACGGCGUCAAAGGAUUCUGGAAAGGGACGACUAUGCGACUAGGGCGAACGGUCUUCAGCGGCGGUAUCCUCUUCACGAGUUACGAGGCAGCGGUCAAAAUCGUCCAUCCACUUUACACAGGUGUGACGCACACAUAAGAUACUGAGGCAGCAUAACCUAAUUAUAUCAACUACCUUUGAAAGA